AUGGUGUUUCCGUAUGAUUAUUCUGAAUUGCCACAAAUAGUUCUGGCCGAGAUCUUUUCUUAUCUAUCACACAAUGAUCUUUUAUCCGCAUCGUCGACUUGUUCAUCAUGGCGAAAUGUUUUAUACCAUCCAAAAUUAUGGUCUUCGGUUCCAUAUCGACCACUUCGUUUGCAUUUGAUUCAUCGUCCUAAUGACAUUCAAUGUUUUCGUUAUUUAACAACGAAUUUUCUCGGUUUAACACGCUAUGUGGAAAUACGUUUCGAUCCAACAGAUUUCAAUGUAGUCAAAGAUAUUUUGCAAGUUUUGGAUACAAUAGCAUGUACAAAUAGACAAAUCAAAGUACUUAUUUUUCGUCCCACAAGUACACGGUGCGCCUUAGCUGAAAAUGAACAACCAUUCAUACCACUUUGUGAUAAAAUAUUUCAUUUAUUGAAACAGAUUAUUGAAUGUAAUCAAGCUCUGGAAAUCCUUUCAUUUGGUUGUUGGUUUGAAAGUUUAUUUCGUAUCGAAGAAUUGGUUCAUGUUCUCGCCCAACGGCAAUCUCAAUCAAUCCAACAGCUGCACUUGGCGUCAAUCAAAAAUAGUGAAACACAUUCGAUUGCUGAUAUCUAUUUAACAAGCCAAUCAUUUCUUCCAUUUGUUUCAUUACAUACAUUAAGUAUCGAUUCCACUUAUUUAACAGACGAACUCUUACAAUGCUUUGCCCAACAACCAACACAAUUGAAACAAUUAAUCGUACAUGUUAGUGAAUUUCGUUCGGACACCCAACCAGUUGAUGAAACAGUUUGGCAAUCAGUAUCGAGCAUUAUGCCUGAUUUACGAGUCACAGUUCAUAUGCUUAAUGCUCACGAGACUUUUCGAAAAUAUUCUCGCGUACUUCGUCCUGGUAUGCCUCUAUCUCAUUUGCGAAUGUAUUUUUGUUCUUCAUUGAAUGUCGAUUUGUUAUGUUAUCUAUCGGUUCAUUAUCGUUCAACAUUAGAAUGUCUGGAUGUUAUUGAUAGUGUCACAGAACCAGCACUUCGGUAUCAUAAUUUAUUUCGGGCUGAACCCGAUCCACUCGUUUUGUUGGCUUGGCAAUGUAAAAAAUUAACGUCGCUGACCAUACUCGGUUAUGAAGUUUUGGAAGUCAAUCUACUCGCUAUUGCAAAACUUCGACCGCAAUUACGCACAUUGAAUGUUUGUGCUGAUUGUGUUAUGACAUUGCAAUACGGACAUUUACAAAUGAAUCAUCAAUUUGUUGAAGAUGAUGAUGGAAAUGACGCAUUUAUACAAUACGGAAUUUGUACAAACAGUAUCCAAACAAUUAUUGGACAAGUCCUUGGCUGGCCAUGGCAUCCAUUAAGUAAACAUGAAAUCCCCAUAGGUGUAUAUGAAUAUACGGUUCCACUUGAACUUUCAUUUAUCGAACAGAUUCAUAAUGUCUUCGAAUCAUCGAGCUGA